AUGGCAUCGUUCGACGUGUCGUACAAUGCGUGGUGUAAAUAUGUGAAAGAGCUUGAUGUUCUUUGCUGGAGAUCUGAUCGGUCUCCUAAUAUGGCGAAACCUUGGAGGGAUCGCAAUGACGAGAUCAACGGAUGGUUGGCUAGCAUCCCAACUGAUUACCGCGAUGUUUCAAUCGCACGAGUCCAUCCUUCUGUGGAUCCCACCGCCAUUGGAGAAAGUCUAGAUUGGGAGGAACGAGAGUGUGAAGACUGUGAUAACGGGCAGGUUCGAAGGGUAAUUGCAUAUGACGAGGGAAUCUCUCGUAAUGAAGAUCAAACUCCAGUGUCCAUCGAUAUUGAUUCGAUUGAUAAAGGGCACGUUUCUUUCUCCUACUGUGUUUCUUGUGUACGUACCAGCAUGUCCCGCAAACAGCAGAGACCACAGACAUCGAGGGAUCCCAAUCGGCGAGAAAAGCCGGCUGACAAUCACGGUCAGCAGGAGCGUAUAGUAGAUGCAGAAAGCCGAAAGGGCUGGCCUCAGCGCCAGGAAUCAAGGGUCCAUACCCCGAAAUCAAGAACUGCGAGGCCCGAAUAUGAGAGUAACAUCCCAGAGCGCAAGACACGCAAGACAACUGUGUCUAGCGGGAGCACCCACCUCACCCCGCCUAGCAUCACGCAAACCGAUCCGGAUGGUAAGACGAAGGGCGCCGAUACUCAUCAGGGCAGUGAGAAGUCGAAAAGAUUUUCAGCGAGCGAAUUUGCUGCAGCUCAUUAUCGUAACACUAGCAAUGCUGGUUGCAUGGAUGCUUGGAUGGGACAACGACUUGUCCUUCCUGCUGUAUUCCCAUUUGAUCGCUUUGGGAGUAACACUGUCACCGAUCUGUACGAAGAGUAUACGUCUCUGUACCAAGCUGAUGGCUUUUUUGACAAUGCGCAAGGACUAAACGCUGAAACACAAGACGAGUUGGACCGGCUAUACAAGAGUAUGUCGUCUGACCAACUGCGAUUCACGACAGAGAGAGCAUUGCCACCUGAAGUCCUGAAGCAUGUUAUCUCGUGUCGCAGUGCCAUAUUGUCGUCCUCUCGCGAGGCGCGAAAGCACAAGGUCGAUGCGGAGAGGGAACGUCUUCCUGAAGCAGAAGUCAGGGCAGCUUGGGACGGCCUCAUUAACGCGUGCACAAGGAUUCCGGGAAAUGAUGAUGUGAAGCCGAGAUUGGAGCGUAUGCUUCAGUUACCACGGAAUGAUGUACAUGACAUGCCAACGAGAUCUGACUUUGCAAAACGACUAACCAAGUGGCAAAGCGAAGUACCAAAAUACGAUGACCAUGCCUCGGAGAAGUCUCACGAAGACGCUACUCGUCUUCAUUGCAUAGCAGAGGCAGCCACUCAAGCGGCAAGGAAACUACGCGCUCACAGUCAGCAACUAUCACUGGCGGGCUCUGAACCGAAGCAGGCCAAGUGCGAUGGCAUUACAGCUGCGACUCUCGGUGACUUCCCCCCUGAACACAUCACCCUCACCGCAUCAGAUCGUUCCAGGCUGAAAAAGCUUGCACUGCUGCCGUCUCGUCGUAGCAAACCCGUAUCCCAUACGAGGGCGCCCCUCACUUCAGCCUCACCCUCAGCCGACUUCAAGAAGGCAUUUGACAACAAUGAUCUUGUUGCGACAUCACGACUUCAAAGGCCAGUGAGUCCUUCAGACGACUUGAGUGUUGCUUUGCAGGUCUUGUCUUUAGACAGUCGCGAGGCUGACACGACCUCGUACACUGUGCUGCGUGACGAAACACUCCAUGCUUCUACAUCGGAUAGCGAUAGUGGUGACGACGAUAAUGGCAAUGAUGAAGAUAGCGAUGAAGAUGACAAUCGCGAUACAGAGGAUGAUGGAAGUGGAAGUGAGGAUAGUGAUGAGGGGGGAGAUACCGACAUAGAGAAAGGCCGAGACGAUGAAGAUAUCGUCAACAGUGACGGUAACACGCCCCAGCCUGACACAGACGACGACGAGGAUGCACCAGAUGACAAAGCUACUAAUACGAACAUCCUUUUACUUCCUCUGCUCGUGCAGGAGUACAAGAAGUUUUUAGAUAACAUGCAGCAGAACGGGGUCAACCAAGGACGUAUGGACCUCAUCGCUUGUAUCAAAUUUCUUUCUGCACUUGGCAUUCACAAUUUCCCAGUGUUCAGUAUCAUUACAGAAGGUACACUUGGAACUGUUUGUUGUGCAUAUAUGAAGGACGACAAGGAAGGUCGCAUUUAUGAGCACAACGUCCGAACAUUUGACGUAUCAAACCCUGUCGACGCCUUCAACCUCGCGACUUUCCUUACCUUCAUUGUUACCAUUCAUAAACGCAAGUUGAUGGACCAAUUUACUGUCGGCAAGCAGCAGGAGCUCUGGCAGAAUUUUAGGGACAAGAACAAAACAUUGAACUGGGCCAUGAGUCACCAGUUUCCUUCAGUUUAG